AUGGCAGAAGAAAAAAUUAAUAAAAUUUCUGUAAAGGAAGGCGAAGAAGAGGGAUAUUUAAUAUUAGAGGAAGAAGAAGAACAACUUCUUCCCCAGCCUCAAUCCCAACAACAAAAAAUUUUACUUCAAAAACUUUUAAGCAAUAAACCGUCAAUUCCAGAUUCUAAAAAAAGAAUUUUAGUCCCUCCACCUCCCUUGCUUUUAAAAAAGUCAAUGAGAGCACAUUCAGAUUUGGAAAAUUUAUUAAAGGCGGGGCAACAAAUUGCUAAAAGAGAUCCUGGAUUUAGACGCUUGAGUGGGUAUUUUAUUUAA